AUGGAAGUUCGUUCAAAAUCACUUGAAUCUAUGUUGGAGGCGAUGGUGCACGAGAACGUGAUGUUGAGGAAGGUAAUGCGGGAAGGUUUUGCUGCUCUUAACGCAAGAUUUGAUCGGCUACUAGCAUGUGGGGCGAAGAAGGAACCUAGCAUGAAGCUCGUCAAUGGUGCCAAGGGGUUAGGAACCGACAAUCAAAUGAAGGCGACAAUCAACUGCCCCUAA